GCAUCUCAGCUGAGCUUGUGCAACAGCAGUGGACGUAGAAGAGAGCCAGAGGCAGAGAGAAACAAACACAAACGCACAGGAGCUCACCUCCACCACAGGUGUGUAGGUGCCAGCUCGCUCUCUCCCUCUCUCGCGCGCACUCUCUUUUGCUGGCUAGGUUAGGUGUAUGUGUUUAGGUAUACUGCCCUCCCUCUCGCUCCCGCGCCCUCCCGAGUGUUUAUUUCAGUGUCACCGGGGAGACAGAUUAGCUCUUGUCCGCCUGUUGUCGUAAAUAUCACGAACACACUCUCCCAGUCCGCCCAUAUGUACACACGUCCGUAUAUACACGCAUAUAAAUGGAAGUUGCUGCCUGCUGCUCGCUGUGUGUUUAAUUCAUUUUCGAGGUUUUAAUGCGCAACAACUGCGACUUGUUGUGUGUUGGAUAGGCGACAAAAUGAAAAAACACAAAAACAAACAAAAGCAGCGUUGAGAAUUUAGAAAGCCCAAUGUAAACACGCACACUCGCACACUGCAGUUCGCUCUGUGUAUGUGAGCUGCAUUGUGCUUCCGAUUUUGUGUGGCAAAGCGAAAUCUCGAGCUCAAUCUCAAUAAUGUUUCCCCCAAAACCCACAGUGUAAGAACAAUAAACACGCCAAGCGCCAGUUUUUGAAAAAAGCAAGAAAAAAAAGAAAAAGUUGCGAUCUCUCCGAGCAACAAGUACCAGUGCACCAAUACAGUCGACGGUUGUGCCACGACAAAAAAGAAAGAAAAGAGGAAAACCCAGAGAAACCGAAACCAAAGGCAAAGCGGAGGAGCAAUGGAGGCCACCACUACCACGACACCUGACUUGAACCGCGGCGAUGCCACCAGGAAGAGUGUGCGCUUGUACGCUGCCCGCAAGGGGGCGGCACCUGCUCCGCCCAAGCUCAGCGUGGCGCCCUCUGGCCAGAGCCAGAGCCAGAGCUCCAGCAGCAGCAACAACAACAGCAACCAGAGCAGUGACAACUUACCGGAAACGGAAGUGCAGCCUACAGAACCACAUCUUGCCAGCAAGGAUCUCGAAGGAGGCGCCGAAGACGACAGCAUUGUGGAGCUGCGACGACGCGAUGCCCAGGCCACUCCCUUGCCCAGGAUAGCGGUGUCCGCCCUGCCCACCCUACAGCCACAUCCAAAGCCCGCGGAACGCCAGAAGCCCCUGCCACGCAACCUCUUGUCCACCGAAGACGACGCCGGCGUGUCCUUUGCCCUCGGCUCCAUCGAGAAGCACAUCCACAACGUGGAGGAGAGCUUUAAGCAGCAGCAGAACCAGCAGCAGCAAUCCCAAUCCUCGAUGGACGUCAUGAAACUGGAGAUCAAGCGCAAGCAGAGCAAGCGAUACGGUGAAACGGAGAACCUACUGCGGCCGGGCAUCAGUGACAUGUCCUCGGAGAACGACUUCCAGUACUUGGGCGGCAGGCGGGCCGGCGAACUGGAUGCCAGCAAUGAGCUGAUGCUGUCGGAAUUCCAGCGCGGUAGUGAUGGUCGUAACUCGAUCGGAGCCUAUUCCAAGAACUCGGCAGCAGCCUCGAACGGCUCGAAUGCUGUCAAAGCUAAAUUGGCACGUACUGCCUCGGAUACGAAGAACAACGACACGGUGCUGGCCAUGCGGGCCACCUUCAAGCAGAAACAGCCGUUGCAGGACGAGAAGCAGCCGGCGGUUUGGCGGCCAGCCGGCACAGCCCCCACUCCGGCGGCCAGAAGCUCCUCCUCCACCUCCUCGAACUCAGCUUCGGCCAGUCGUGGCGGCAGCAGCAGCAGUGUGGUGGACGGAGUGGCUCCAUCCAAGCUAACGGCCACCACCAUCUCGGCCUCCAAGCGGCGUGAGGAGAACUUGCGACAAUUUGAGGCUCUAUUGGCCCAGAAGUCGUCGCAUCGUCAUGCCAACUCCUCGGGAGCUUCUGGAGCCUCGGGAGCGGCAAGCCAUGCCGCCAGUUCGAAGAGGCGUUCGGAGCGGCCCAUUGUGGCGCCCAUUCCGCCGUUCAAUUCCGCAAGAGCCAGCAUUGAUCCAAGGUCCACCGCGGCUCAUGGACCGGGCACUGGCUCAGGAGCAGGGUCAGUUCUUCCGCCUGUGGGUCAUCAUCGCACAAGCCACGUACCCAGUGUGGUGGCGAACCGCAGCAAUGUGUACAGCAACAAUGCUGCACAGGGUUCGCCCAACAUGCAGAUGCGGAGUAGUGCUCCCAUGCGAUGGCGCGCCACGGAGGAGCACAUUGGCAAAUACAAACUCAUAAAGACGAUCGGCAAGGGCAACUUCGCCAAGGUGAAACUGGCGAAACACCUGCCCACUGGCAAGGAGGUGGCCAUCAAGAUAAUUGACAAGACCCAACUCAAUCCUGGGUCACUGCAGAAACUCUUCAGAGAGGUUAGGAUAAUGAAGAUGCUGGAUCACCCAAACAUAGUUAAAUUGUUCCAAGUUAUCGAAACGGAGAAGACGCUCUAUUUGAUCAUGGAGUACGCGUCCGGGGGCGAGGUGUUUGACUACCUCGUUCUGCACGGACGCAUGAAGGAGAAGGAGGCGCGUGUCAAGUUUCGACAGAUCGUCUCAGCCGUGCAAUACUGUCAUCAAAAGAGAAUAAUACACAGGGACUUAAAAGCUGAAAACCUUUUGCUGGACAGCGAACUGAACAUCAAAAUCGCUGACUUUGGCUUUUCGAACGAGUUCACGCCCGGCUCCAAGCUGGACACGUUCUGCGGCAGUCCGCCGUACGCGGCUCCGGAAUUGUUCCAGGGCAAGAAGUACGAUGGACCCGAGGUCGAUGUGUGGUCGCUGGGCGUCAUCCUGUAUACGUUAGUGAGCGGUUCCCUGCCCUUCGACGGCUCCACCUUGAGAGAGUUGCGCGAACGCGUGCUCAGAGGCAAAUAUAGAAUUCCCUUCUAUAUGUCGACUGACUGCGAAAACUUGCUCCGCAAAUUCUUAGUACUGAAUCCCGCAAAGCGUGCUAGUCUUGAAACAAUCAUGGGCGACAAGUGGAUGAACAUGGGGUUUGAGGAGGACGAGCUCAAGCCCUACAUUGAGCCCAAGGCCGACUUAGCCGAUCCCAAGCGGAUAGGUAAGACGGAAGCCCUAGUCGCGAUGGGCUACAAUCGGUCGGAGAUCGAGGCUUCGCUCUCCCAGGUGCGCUACGAUGAUGUUUUCGCCACGUAUUUGCUGCUGGGACGCAAGAGCACAGACCCGGAAAGUGACGGAUCGCGAUCGGGCUCCUCGCUCUCACUGCGCAACAUCUCGGGCAACGAUGCGGGCGCCAACGCCGGCAGCGCGGGUGUGCAGAGUCCCACGCACAGAGGCGUCCACAGGAGCAUAUCGGCGUCCAGCACGAAGCCGAGUCGUCGAGCCUCGUCCGGUGCGGAAACUUUGCGUGUUGGACCGACUAACGCGGCAGCAACAGUGGCGGCGGCCGCGGGAGCCGUUGGCGCGGUAAAUCCAAGCAAUAACUACAAUGCUGCAGGAUCAGCGGCGGAUCGAGCUUCAGUUGGCAGCAACUUCAAGCGUCAGAAUACGAUCGACUCUGCUACAAUCAAGGAGAAUACAGCGCGACUGGCCGCCCAGAAUCAGAGACCCGCUUCGGCCACCCAAAAGAUGCUCACCACGGCAGACACCACACUGAACAGUCCCGCCAAGCCGCGAACGGCAACGAAGUACGACCCGACGAACGGCAACCGCACGGUCAGCGGCACCAGUGGCAUCAUUCCACGCCGCUCCACCACGCUGUACGAGAAGACUUCGUCGACGGAGAAAACCAAUGUUAUUCCCGCAGAGACAAACAGCGGAUCGGCAGCUCCCGCUGGAAAAGGUCAUACCAAGAGCGCGUCUGUCUCUAGCCCUCGACCUUCUGCAGACGGAUGCGUCUCGGUCUCAAACGACCCGCUCGGAACGAGUCUGUUCGAUCGACUUAGAAUGGCAUCGGCUGUUAAAUCAAGCAGACACUUUCCAAGGAAUGUUCCAUCACGUUCAACCUUUCACUCUGGUCAAACCAGAGCACGGAACAACACGGCGCUGGAAUACUCGGGCACCAGCGGUGCCUCCGGCGACUCCUCCCAUCCGGGUCGCAUGAGCUUCUUCUCCAAACUCUCCUCGCGUUUUAGCAAACGUCCAACGACCACAGAUGAGGCGGCGAAGCCAAGGGUCUUACGAUUCACCUGGUCCAUGAAGACCACAUCGCCACUUAUGCCCGAUCAGAUAAUGCAGAAGAUCAGGGAAGUGCUCGACCAGAACAACUGCGACUACGAGCAGCGCGAGCGAUUCGUCCUUUGGUGCGUGCAUGGAGACCCAAAUACCGACUCCCUGGUGCAGUGGGAAAUUGAGGUGUGCAAGCUGCCACGCCUGUCCCUAAAUGGAGUGCGCUUCAAGCGAAUUUCUGGCACCAGCAUUGGCUUCAAGAACAUUGCGUCUCGCAUUGCUUUUGACCUCCGGCUGUGACUUAACCAAACGAACAACGAGGGGUAUGCGGCCGCCGCCGCCUUGCGGCCCACUGAUCCAUCCGACACCAUAUCCACCGCCAACUGUCGGAGGGCAAGCAACGACAGCACCUCCCGGCUGUCGGAGCUAUCGCUGCUAUGUCGCUCACUCACCAGCCAGCAGGGCUCCCAGCGACGCAAGAAGAGCCGGCUGUCGACUGGCGGCAGCGAGGAUCAGAAGAAAUCCAACUCGUUGCUAUCGGCGUUCCAAAUGUACUCGCCCUUCAGUUCCAAGGAGAACUUGCAGUCCAGUGAGGAGGUGGAGGAUCUGCAGGUGAUCGACACACAACCAGGACAUUCUGUUGAUGUACCCCUCUUCGCCGACUUCAGCCCAAUUAAUCCAAUUAUGGAGGAGGAUGGUGAGGGCGUUGAGGGCAAAACCAGUGAAGCCAAGGGCCCCGGCGAUGCCAGUGGUCAAAAGGGCAAGGGCGAAGGCGGCGGCGGCGGCGGUGGUGGAGGCAAUCGAUUGAAGAGAAACAUCAAGCACACCGGGAGCCUGAUUGUGCGCAAAUUGACUGCCGGCAGGCACAGUGAUGCCGACAAAAAGGGUGCGACUGGAAAGAAGGAAAAGGAGAAGGAGCAGCCGGAGGCGGCGGCCACGGAUAAGGAGAAACCAAGCAGCAAGCCGGAGGGCAAAGUAGCCAUGCUACGCACCACAACCCUCUAAUGCAAUGGAACAUGGACGUAGCAUGGGUAUACGAUUAGUUGUGGGGCAGUUUGUAUCUAUUGAAUGAACGAUUAUGAAGGCAAUGCGGCGAACCCCUGCUGGAAUCUCAAGAAAAUAUUAAUGUUAGCAUCUCUCCGUAGAUCGAACGUAAUGAAUAUAUAUACCUACACAUUACAAUCAAGCAGACAAACUCCUCUAUCUAUCCACACUGACAUGCAUUAGCACCCGCAUAAAUACGCACAUAUUUACAUACGUUAAUUAAUAGGAACCUAGUUAAUGGGCCAGCAAUAUUGGUCAUCGAGCCUCACGCAAGAUGAAACACACGUGAAUACAGGGGUACCAGAAACACCACUCAAUAAAAUAAUAACAAUAAAUAUUAACAAGAAACCAAUCACCGCUCUAUAAACUGCAUUUAUGUGUCGAUAUCCAGUGAACAAUUUUUGCUUGGCAAACAAACGAUCAAAGAACACAAAUUAAUAGGUAUCCGACUCGGGUUGUUUCUUUUUUAAAGCAAGUUUUCGAGAAUACCGGGCGUGUCAGCUUAUAACGCUAGUGUCAAGGUGUGAUUUUUUUCGUAAAAUACAAUGGUAUCGCAAGUCCGAUAGUCGAAGCCCUAAUUCUACUAUUUAUAAUAAAACGUGCCCAACCCCGACCCCAAUACCAUUUAUUGUAAUUAUUAGACCCGUGCUCGAAUAUAUAGUUGGUACUUAUACCUGACAUUUUGUUUAUUUCCUUCAACCUAAGCAGUUCAUAGAACACACAGACAAGAAAUGAAUGUAUAAACUAUUAAGGCUACAAAUUUACUAACACCACCAUUCUGGAACAUGCAACACUUAGAUGCAAUGAUGGCCAAUUGUUACCUAGUUUCCGCUAAGUUCACUUACCCCGAGGAAAAGACGAGCCAGUGGCUUUAGCGCCAUUCUACACGCUAUUGUUGAAUGUUUCUGAAGCAGACCGUAGUGUGUUACGAAAGAGAAAGUAAAUGGGAUGUGAAGGAGGAGCGAUCUCAAGUGAGAUGUAGAAAAAAGACGACCAUCUAAGUUGUGGAGGCUCAAAAACAGUCUAUAUAUACCAAACAUAUACAUAGUUGCACAUCAAGUUGUCUUCAUCAUGAUUGUAACGCAUUUCUGUAACUCUUAACUUUCGAGAGAAGCAUGCAUCGUUUUAUAUAUUUGUUGUUAGAUGACAGCUAAUUGAAACUUAUUAAUAAACACUAGGACUAGGCGAGAACGCGCAUAAACACACAUAAGUAUAUAAUACAUGCAUAAAUAUAUACAGCAAGCAGCUUAUUACAUAUUCGCCGAAAGAUAUCCAUAGUAGACAGCUGGACUCCCUUUCCGAAAAGAGACAUAUAUCUACAGCCCUUCUAUGUUUUUGUAGUCGGCAAUCUGCGGUCAGUAAUAUACAUUCACGCACCCAGAUCCACUUGCACAAUUCGCUAGUUGUCUACUUAUUUCUGGUAUUUAUUUCGGUUUACAAACGGUUGAGUUAAUGUAAAACAAAGCGAAAUGAUUGAGAACACCAUUAAAUCAGAAUUACGAUAAAGCCGAUUAUAGAAUUUACGAAUAAUCAUGUUGUAAGAAUAUCUGAUAUACAUACAUACAUAGAUGUUUUAAUUAAUAAAUACAAAAUGGCAUAACUAUAA